ACCAAUCUGUAAAAUUUAAUCCAAUUCUUCUCCUUCAACCUCAGCAGUCUCAGAUUCCGAUUCAAACGUCUCUCCUUCAACCUCUCUCUCUGAGGGGGAAAAAAUGGCGAACCUGCAAAAUCGUAGUAGAAACAAUGAAGAACCUAUUCAUAUUCUUCGAAGCAUGGCCAGAAUCUUCUCCUUCAGAGGCAUCGCCUCGAUUGCAUUCUUCAUCUUCGUCUCUUUGUCCUUCCUCUCUUUCAGUACCGACACUUCUGAUCUCCCCGUUCCGGGUUCUGGUUCUGGUUCUGGUUCUGGCUCUGGCUUUGGCUCUUAUCGGAUUAGUUACGGGAGAAGAUUCCCAUUGGGUGUGAAAUCGGAUCCUCUUAAACAACGGUUGGACCAGAUCCGGAAGCAAGCUGAUGACCAUCGCAAUUUGCUUCACGCCUAUGCUUCUUAUGCUCUAAGGCUUAAGCUUGAGUAUUCGAAGCUCGUUAGAGUUUUCGCGGAUCUUUCUCAGAACUAUACCGAUCUCAAUAAUCAACCUGCUUACGGUAGUCUUUUUGAGCGUGAAACGCCUUCCUUAGAUGAGGCUCUGCUUCGUCAAUUUGAGAAGGAGGUGAAAGAGCGUAUAAAAGUUACCAGACAAGUGAUUUCGGAAGCGAAAGAGUCAUUUGACAAUCAACUUAAGAUUCAGAAGCUGAAGGAUACAAUUUUUGCCGCGAAUGAACUGUUGUCGAAAGCCAAGAAACAAGGAGCUUUCUCGAGUUUGAUUGCUGCAAAGUCUCUUCCAAAAAGUUUGCAUUGCAUUGCAAUGAGGUUGAUGGAAGAGAGAAUUGCAAAUCCUGAGAAAUAUUCGGAUGUAGGAAAGCCUGUACCACCUGAAAUAGAGGAUCCAACUCUAUACCAUUAUGCGAUAUUCUCAGAUAAUGUAGUUGCUGCAUCGGUGGUGGUUAAUUCCGCUGUGAAGAAUGCUGAACAACCAUGGAAGCAUGUUUUUCAUGUUGUUACGGACAAGAUGAAUCUUGGGGCAAUGCAAGUUAUGUUCAAAUUGAAGGACUAUAACGGUGCUCACAUUGAAGUCAAGGCAGUGGAGGAUUACAAGUUCUUGAAUUCUUCCUAUGUUCCAGUUCUUCGCCAAUUAGAGUCUGCAAAUUUACAGAGGUUUUACUUUGAGAACAGCGUUGAAAAUGCAACAAAGGACACGACGAAUAUGAAGUUCAGAAAUCCCAAGUACCUAUCGAUUUUGAACCAUCUGCGGUUUUACUUGCCUGAGAUGUACCCAAAACUACACAGAAUUUUGUUUUUGGAUGAUGACAUUGUUGUGCAGAAGGACUUGACUGGCUUGUGGAAGAUUGAUAUGGAUGGAAAAGUAAACGGAGCAGUGGAAACAUGUUUCGGCUCGUUCCAUAGAUAUGCACAGUACAUGAAUUUCUCGCAUCCGUUAAUCAAACAGAAAUUCGAUCCCAAGGCAUGUGCUUGGGCUUAUGGAAUGAACUUCUUUGACUUGGAUGCUUGGAGAAGGGAAAACUGCACAGAAGAUUAUCACUAUUGGCAGAAUAUGAAUGAGAAUCGUACAUUGUGGAAACUGGGGACACUGCCUCCUGGUCUAAUCACGUUUUACUCGACGACGAAGCCACUGGACAAGACAUGGCACGUGCUCGGACUCGGUUACAACCCCAGCAUUAGUAAGGAUGAGAUUCAAAAUGCUGCAGUUGUGCACUUCAAUGGGAACAUGAAACCAUGGCUAGACAUUGCCAUCUCCCAGUUUAAGCCAUAUUGGACAAGGUAUGUGGAUUAUGAGUUGGAGUUUGUUCAAUCAUGCAACCUUGGCCUUUAGAAUAUAGAUGAUGCCUCAAAUCAUCCAUAUAGUUAAUAGUAAUGUAGGAUGAGGCUAAACUGGCUGCUUGUCCAAAGGAAAAGUAGCAUUAUUUUGAUCCAAAAUAUAUAGCUUUGCUUUUGUCUAGUAUCUUUAAACAUUAUUUUGAUUCUUUUCUACUUGUUUGCUAGGAAUGUUUCAGUUUAAAGUAAUUUAUAUACAUACAUAUUAAUUUUGUCUUCA